AUGGCAGAGAUAGCGCAAGCACGGAAGAAGGCGAUUGAAGCCAAGCCCCAAGACAACAAGAGGUCAACGACGGACGACCGCAAGGAGAGCAAGAGGUCGAAGAUCGAGCAUCGGCAAGACAAGGGUGACCGCACCUUAAGAAGGGGAGACCGUCGCCCCGAAAGGAGUGAACGAGCAAGUAGCCCAGAGUUUACACCUCUGAACACAACCAGUAAGAAUGGCAGCAGUAGUACCGCCAGUAGUAGCAGCAAAGUCACCAGUAGUAACAGUAGUAGCAAUAGCAGUAGCAGCAGUGGUAGUAGUGUAGUCAGACGUCGGCCAUGGUACACAGUAGAUCGCAUUAUAGUUUUCAAGGAUAAUUUGAAAUUUUAUUUGAAGUAA